AAUACUUUAAUAAAAUUUACCAACAUUUUUAAAAUUUGUACAUGAGUUACGGUUCUACAUUAAUUAGUUAAAUAUUAAAUUGUAAAGCAUUAACAAAUUAAAAAAAAUAUUUAUUUAAGUAUUCCAUACUACAGCCUUACCUCUAUACAACCCCUAUCAGUAAUAGCCUUAUCUACUCCUCGAUAAUCAGUACCCUCAUCAGCUCUGAAUGACUGACAGAUUAUCUGUUUAUUGUAAUUUUAGUGGUAAGAAAUACGGUAUUUUUACUGAUUAGGAGACAGCUGUUUUCAAUAUCUUUCAUAGCUCAUUUAAAGUAAAAAAUAUAAGCUUAUACAAAAUUUAUAAAAAAAAUAAAUAGAAAUUAGAAUACAAAUGAACGCGGAAAUAGAGCUUAAUGAUAUUAACUGUAAUAAGCGUUAGGCUUUUACAUAAUUUGCCCCAUCAUUACGAGUAUGAUAGUGUAUAUCAGAGUCUUCUGUUUAGGUAUAUCAGCCAAGGAGUAUCACCAGGCCCGUAAAUCUCAGCUCGAACUGCAUUUUAUAUGCAGACCAUGCCAUCGUCAGGAAGAGCCGAUGCCUGAGCCCACGGCAGAACCCGUCCAGGAAGAGCCGAUGCCUGAGCCCACGGCAGAACCCGUCCAGGAAGAGCCGAUGCCUGAGCCCACGGCAGAACCCGUCCAGGAAGAGCCGAUGCCUGAGCCCACGGCAGAACCCGUCCAGGAAGAGCCGAUGCCUGAGCCCACGGCAGAACCCGUCCAGGAAGAGCCGAUGCAGGUCGACGCUCACUUCGACAUAAGUUUUGACGUUAAUCACAGAGUGGCGGAUGACCCGGAAGAACCACAAGACACGAAGACGGAGGCUGACUACGUUGCCGUUCUUACAGCCAUCAAAGAAAAACUCAACAAUCCUGUCGUUGACAACUUUGUGCUCGACUUUAAACAAGGCUGUUUGGCGAAAAGUCCAGGACCUUGGGUUAGUAGGCAGCUGAUGACGUUGCCCUUCCUACCAGCUGCACACAUACGGGAGACGUUUGCAGCGUUGAGAGACCGCGCGAACACUCCGCAGCUCGAUGCCCUCGUGACAUACAUGGAUCGUCAGUGGUUCCAGCACGGGCUGUUCAAUCCUGAACACUGGUCCAUAUUAAGACGUUCAGUACGGACAAACAAUGAUGUCGAAGGUAAAUAA